AUGGACGCCAAGUACGACGUCAAGGACAAUACACAUGUCCCUGGCUCCGUCCUUCACAUAUACUUCAACGACUUUGCCGACCCUCUUGACCUCCGGCGCUGUAUCCGGUUCAACACGCGGGUUCUCGGGGUGGAAAAGCUUGUUCACGAUCAGGAUCAGAGGUCAGGAUUGGCGGAUCACAGCGCAAAUUACGGAUCUCGAACAAGCAUCGCAGUCGAUGACGAUGGCCUAUUACUGUAA